AUUAAGCAGAAAUUUCAGUUUGGUCUUUUUGAGUGUUUUUUAUUUCAAGAUGUAUCGCAUGCGAUUGAGCAUCAUACCAAUUUUCUACAUCUCCAUUUCAAUCACUACUUUCUCCAUUCUAUGUGAUGCAAGAAGUUUUGCGCAAUUCUUUAAACCCCAAGACACAAAACUACACAAAAGCAAAUCAAUCCAUGAAUUAGAGAAGAACAAGCUGAAAGCAAUAAAUCACUUGGACUUACAUUUUGCGUUGGCUUCCCCAAAUAUUGAAUUCCAACCGUUCGAUGCCAGCUCUCCCUUCUCAUCACCACCGUUGGAUUCACCAGCACCGGGACAUCUCCCUCUUCCAGCUCCAAACUCCGUAUCCCCACCAAUUCCUCCAAACCCACCUCUUGCAAAUCCUCCUCCAUCUGGGCCCACUUCCUCACCCAUCCCAAGCCCACCACAAAAUGGGCCUAGCCCACACCCACCAACCACAAUCCCAACCCCACCCAAAUCAGUCCUGAGCCCACCAGUCCUUCCGCCGCCAAUAGCUUUCCCUCCACCGUCCGGACCGCCAUCCCCUCCGCAGAAAAAGCCACCGCAGUUUGCCGUGUGGUGCGUGGUGAAGCCGACAGUGCCGGACCCGAUAAUCCAAGAAGCCCUGGACUAUGCGUGUGGGUCCGGGGCAGACUGCAAGUCAAUCCGGCCCAAUGGGUCCUGCUACCAGCCCGACACAUUGUUGUCGCAUGCUUCGUAUGCCUUCAAUAGUUACUGGCAGAACACGAAGAUCGCUGGAGGCACUUGUGACUUUGGAGGGACUGCCAUGCUUGUCACAGUUGAUCCAAGUUAUGAUGAAUGCAAUUUCUUCUUCAACGGAUGAUCUUGAAACAUAUAUAUAUAUAUAUAUAUAUAUAU